GUGUGCUGGCUGUCCCCUGAGCAGACGGCAGGGAAGCAGAAGCCCUACAUGUACACCCAGGGCCAGGCUGUGCUCAACAGGUCCUUCUUCCCCUGCUUCGACACCCCCUCAGUCAAGUUCACCUAUUCAGCCACCGUGAAGGUCCCCGAGGGCUUCACGGCUGUGAUGAGUGCCACGAGCUGGGAGAAGCAGAAGGACAACACCUUUGUGUUCAAGAUGUCCCAGCCAAUCCCCUCCUACCUGAUCGCUCUGGUUGUUGGGGACAUCGUGUCUGCUGAUGUUGGCCCAAGGAGCCGCGUCUGGGCCGAGCCCUGCCUGAUCGAGGCUGCCAAGAAGGAAUAUGAUGGGGUGAUUGAGGAGUUCCUGGUGGUUGGAGAGAAACUCUUUGGACCUUAUGUUUGGGGCAGGUAUGACAUCCUGUUCAUGCCGCCCUCCUUCCCCUUUGGUGGCAUGGAGAACCCCUGCCUGACCUUCGUCACGCCGUGCCUGCUGGCCGGGGACCGCUCCCUGGCGGACGUCAUCAUCCACGAGAUCUCCCACAGCUGGUUUGGCAACCUGGUCACCAACGCCUCGUGGGGAGAGUUCUGGCUCAACGAGGGCUUCACCAUGUACGCCCAGAGGCGCAUCUCCACCGAGGUCUACGGUCUGCCCUACACCUGCCUGGAGGCUGCCACGGGAAGGGCCCUCCUGCGCCAGCACAUGGACGCCACGGGGGAGGACCAUCCCCUCAACAAGCUGCGGGUGGUGAUCGAGCCAGGUAUCAAUCCAGAUGACACAUACAAUGAAACACCCUAUGAGAAGGGGUACUGCUUCGUUAGCUACUUGGCCCAUCUUGUGGGCAACCAGAGCAAGUUUGAUGCCUUCCUCCAGGCCUACGUGAACCGGUUCAAGUUCCAGAGCAUCACUGCAGACGACACCCUCGGGUUCUUCCUGGAGUACUUCCCAGAGCUGAAGGAGAAAGGCGUGGACUCCAUCCCAGGGUUUGAGUUUGACCGCUGGCUGAACACGCCGGGCUGGCCGCCCUACCUGCCUGACCUGUCCCCGGGGCAGCAGCUGAUGAGGCCGGCGGAGGAGCUGGCAGAGCUCUGGGCAGCCGACAGCUUGAACAUGGAGGCCAUUGAAGCCGUGGACAUCAUGGGCUGGAGGACAUACCAGCUGGUCUAUUUCCUGGAUCAGAUCCUGCAGAAGUCCCCCCUGCCUGAAGGAAACGUGAAAAGGCUGAGCAAGAUGUACCCCAAGAUCUCCAAGGCCCAGAACGCUGAGCUGCGGCUGCGCUGGUGCCAGAUUGUCCUCAAGAACAACCUGGAGGCUGAGUACAGCAAAGUCAAGGACUUCCUGCACAGCCAGGUUUGUCCCUGGGCACUGGUGGCAGUGCCCAGCAGCAUGCCAGUGGGAGAGAUGGGCACGGGGUACAAAGCCUUCAGUGCCAGAGAGACAGGGGUUGGCUCUCACUUUUGAUAGUCCCACCAGAUGGUUUGGGUUGGAAGGGACCUUAAAGUUCAUCUUAUUCCACCCCACUCCAUGGGCAGAGACACCUCCCACUAGACCAGAUUGCUCCAAGCCCCAACCAACCUGGCCUUGGACACUUCCAGAGCUGUGCCAGGGCCCCACCACCCUCACAGGGAACAAUUCCUUCCCAAUAUCCCAUCUAACCCUGCCCUCUGUCAGUGGGAAGCCAUUCUCCCUUGUCCUUUCUCUCCAAAGUCCCUUUCUAGCUCUCCUGGCACUGGAAGGGGCUCUAAGGUUUCCCUGGAGCCUUCUCCAGGUGAACACCCCCAGCUCUCCCAGCCUGGCCCCAGAGCAGAGGGGCUUCAGCCCUGGAGCAGCUCCAUGGACUCCUCUGGACCUGCUCUGUCCCUGUGUGCCUUGUGCUGGAGACACCAGAGCUGGAUGCAGUGCUCCAGUGUGGGGGUCUUAUUAUGAGAGGGCAGAAUUUCCCCCUCACCUGCUGCUGGGGAUGGGCCCAGGACACAGCUGGCUUUCCAGGCUGGGAGAGCACCUGGCCAGGUCACACCCAAUUUGUCACCCAAGUCCUUCUCUGAAGGGCUGCUCUCCAUCCCUCCAUGCCUCCUGUCCUGACCCAGUGCAGGACCCUGCACUCGGCCUUGUUGAGCUUCUCAGGGUCUGCUCCUUCUCCAAGGUUCAGGUGCCCUCCCCUCUCCAGGUGCUGCGGUGCCAAGGGCUGCCCACGGCAGCAUUCCCCACGCUGUGCCUUUGCCGUGAGCUCAGUGCCUCGCCAAGAGCAACGGCCCCGCAGCUCCACGUCAACGUGCAGAACUACGUCAAGAAGAUCCUGGGCCUGGCCGAGGCCUGAGGCAGCCCGGGCUCUGCCCCUCCGCCGGUGCUCCUGCUGGCAGGACCUCAGUGCCUCCCUCUCACGUUUCCUUAUUAAAAUGUGGGAUUUUUUCUCA